AGCAUAGUCUCACCCUUGGUUUCUGGUGUCAGUUCAGCGGUUUCUUCGCUAGGAAGUCACUUCACGCGGGACAGUGGGCGUUCAUUACUUGCAGGGGUCUCUGGCAUGUCGGAGGCAUUCUACACAUGGAUCUUCAAAACAGGCAACGAAGCAAAUGUUGCAGAGGCGAGGAAAAUUAUCAAACUACUUCUGGACACAACUGUUUCGGCUUGUGCGUCGUGUAUCAGGGCAUCGCUAUGUGCCAGAGCUUUCGAGAUGCAUUAUCCUCGUCUUAUACUAUCUUCUGCAGUUGAACCCGAGUGGCAAGAAGGGGAGCAGGCCAUUCUGAGCGUACUGACUACCCUUCAGGCAAUGACCCUGUCACCACAGGAUGUCUUGGAUGAUCCGACAACGAGUUCUCUAAUUAUACUUGCUCACGGACAACAAAACCCCCUACCCAAAGAUCUGUCCUCCAAGUUGCAUUCGAUGCUCAUGACUUCAAUUCAGAUGAAUUUCGCCCUCGACGAGUCUCUCUUUCUUAUCUUUCGCUGUGUUACGCAAGAUCGCACACAGCCCGACUUCCCAGCCGACCUUGCUACGUCGCUAUGCACAGUUCUUCCCGCUUUGGCAAGCACCCAUCUUGACCCAUUCAUCAGGCAUUUCAGUCUUCGACUGAUCGCACUCAUUCUUGCGCAACUGCCAUCUGUGUUACAACAACAAAUCUUGAUAACCCUAGCAUCUGACACGGAGCUUCCUCAGAUGCGGGCGGCCGCCAUUGGUCUUCUUAAGGAAUUUGUCCUAGAAGCACUGCAGGUCCCCGCAUCGUCAGGAGAACAAAACAUCUUUGCGUCACCGCUGCUUAUAAGAUCCUUCGGACCAAUCCUGUUCAGGACAAUGCCGUUUGAUUAUUUGUCGACGAUCCGGGCGGCUGGCGACAUUGAGAAAUCCUUGGAGCCCUCUCGGAUCGCAGAGGUGCUAUCAUUUUACUACGUAUUACUGCAACGGGACAGGGACAACAAGACUGGUAUACGAGACCCGGAUAACAUCGCGAGCGUAGAAUCGUCGUUACUGCGGCCUUUGCGCUCUUUUCUGGAAAAGUGGUCGAACGCUAAGCCUAUUCUUUCUUUAAUCUCCCUGCAAAUUGGCCUGGAAAGAAUAGACUAUGCUGUACAGAUCAUCCGAAGCCGGUAAUUAAGUAAUACACUAGGCUACACUAGGUCGCCGAGUGGAGUGGGAUGAUUUGGAUGAGCGUCGAGUUCCAAAUUAGUGUUUUUGCUUGUGGUCUUCUAUGUAAUAGUGGUGCCUAUAGAUAACAAUCGUGAUUCACUAUUUCAGAACUUCCGACAU